GUACACGUCCUCUCCGCGCAGCCGCAGUGGUGAUGCUGCUGAUCGGUGAGGUGGACGUCUUUAAACAGCACUAACAUUCUAUCAGUUAAGCCUCAUAAUCAGCACGAACCUUCUCAUAAUGAUUUGGAUAGCCGCUUUCAUCGCCCUGCUGGUGGUUAGCUGUUCGGGAGAAAGCUGCACACAGCCGAUGAUCACCACGUCGGCCUACACCACCUCUGACGCUGUUAUCUCCUCAGAGUCCGUGUUUAUCGUUGAACUCAGUCUCACCUGUGCCAACGGAGCACAGAGUGUCAUACUGUAUGCUGAUGUCAAUGGAAGACAGUUCCCGGUGACUAGAGGCCAGGACGUUGGCAAAUACCAGGUUUCUUGGAGUCUUCCUCACAAACAAGCAAGCUCUGGAACAUAUCAGGUCAAAUUCUUUGACGAGGAAUCCUACAGUGCCCUGCGGAAGGCCCAGAGAAACAAUGAAGAUGUAAAUGCCAUUGAGCCUCUCUUCUCUGUCAAUAUUGACCACAGGGGUGUGUGGAGUGGCCCAUGGGUGUCGACUGAAGUGGUGGCUGCGCUCAUCGGCAUUCUGCUCUACUACAUUGCAUUCACGGCCAAAAGCACCAUCCAAGCAUAAACUGAUCCAAAUCUGUUGUUUUGCCACUGGCUCAUUAAAGACUGAGAUGAGGUGGAACUUGAAAAAUUGUUCUCAUGUGGUGUUAUAGCAGAUCAACAAAAUACUGUCACAUCAUGUGUUUUGAGAUGACCAGUAAAGUGACAGUCUCUAUAUUUGUAAUUUUUUUUUUAAAUAACUUGGACUGAUGAGUCUUAAGUUUUUGUUUUCCUUGUGGAUUCAAAUGGUAUUUUGUAAUGUGCAUUUGCUCCAGAUGAGUAAACUUGAACCAUAUCAA